AUGAAAGUUUUCAGCAAAUUAAGAAUAAAGACCGUGCCUAAAGGUCCGCAUGCCUGGUACAACAGAGAUCUUUUACCAACUCCUACCGACGAAAGAACUUGGGGUAUUUACCACUUUUUGUUUUUCUAUUUUACUACCUCGUUGACGCCUUCUUCUUAUACGUUGGGUUCCACGUUGGUCAGUAAUGGUUUACUCUGGUGGCAUGGAUUGAUAUGUGCUGUCAUUGGAAGUUUUUUUCUUUCCAUCGUACUCGUGUUUAAUUCUAGAGCCCCUUCAGUGUAUCACUUGGGGUUCCCUACCAUUGUCAGAGCGGCUGCUGGGAUGUACGGCUCGUACUUUUUCAUCUUUGUCAGAAUAUCGGUGGCUACGAUUUACUUUGCAGUGCAAACAUAUUUCGCGGGCCUGUUGAUGGACGUGCUUAUGAGAUGCAUUUUUGGGUAUAAAUGGGUGAACAUCGAGAACAAGUUGUCUUCGGACUCAGGGAUCACUUCUCGGGGGUUGCUUUCAUUUUUCCUCAUAUGGUUUUUCCAGUUGCCACUUAUGUUUAUGCAUCCAAGACACCAAAGACAUCUUUAUUCGGUUAAAAUGAUCACUACUACCACCUCGUUAUUCGCUGUAUUUGGCUACUGUGUCAGAAAGGCUGGUGGUACUCUUGGUACUCCAGAAUCAUUGGCAACGGACAGGGUAUAUGGUUCUGACUUGGUGUGGGGAGUCAUUUCGGGUAUUAAUUCCAUUAUGGGAGCGUUAUGUCCAAUUUUGAUCAAUACUGGUGAUGUGGUCAGAUACGCCAAAAGACCCAGUGACGCUGCUUGGAUCCAGUCCUUUGCUGUGUUGUGCUCUAAAGUCUUGAUCACUUUCCUCGGGUGUGGUACUACUUCUGCUGCCAAGGUGUUUUUGGGAGAAACCUAUUGGAACCCAUGGGAUCUUUAUAAUGGCUUAUUGGACCACAACUGGUCGGCUGGCAUGAGAACUGGUAUUUUCUUUGCGUCCCUUGGUAUGAUUAUAGCUUUGGUAAUCGUCAACGUCGGUACCAACUGUUUGCCUGUUGGUGCUGAUGCCACGGGUAUGUUCCCCAAAUAUGUGAAUAUCACCAGAGGUCAAUUCUUGUGCUGGUUGGUGUGUCCACUCUUGUUCCCAUGGAAGAUACUGAGUAGUGGAGCGAGUUUUUUGGCGUUCUUGGGAAGUUAUUCGGUGAUGUUAUGUCCUAUUGCUGCUACUAUGAUCUACGACUACUUUAUCAUCAGAAGAGGAAACUACCAUAUUCCUUCUUUCUACAACCCUGACGGAACUGGGGUUUUCUGGUAUAAUAAGCUUGGUGUGAACUGGAGAGCAAUGGCUGCGUGGGUUAUUGGAUGUGGUUUUACUAUUUCUGGGGUGGCUAACUCAGUGACCCCAGGGUCCAUUGGUAUUGCUGCUGUCAGAAUCUACCAACUUGGGUUCUUGUUGUCUUUUAUCGUGGCUUUUGUAGCUUACGGUACUCUCUGUUUUGCUUUCCCCGUCAAGAACAUCUUACCUGAUGAUAAGGACAUCAAAUCGAUAGGUUUUGAAGAGUUGGCCCAAAGUGAUGGAUUUCUUCCAGGAGAGUCAUUGGACAGUAUUAUAGAGCCAACCGUGGAGAUCAUUGAUAGUGAGACUAUCCCAGAAUCCAAUUCGAUUGGAAAUGAAAAAGGUAAUUUUGUAACUUCCUCUAAAGAGCUUUAG